GUACUGUUGUUUGAAAGAUGGCGACAGAAGGCGAGGCAGAUAGUGCGCCUUUGGUGGAAGCGGAGGCUGUAGAAAGCGAUGCUGCAUUUGGAGACUUGACCACAAACAUGGACGCAGAAUCUUCAAAUGGCAAAGAAGCUAUGGAUACCGCCGGUGAAGGUUCGGAGGCGGCCGAUGCGCAGACCGUUUCAGGAGAUGAGGAGAACGGGCGGCAGCUGGGGGAGGUGGAGCUGCAGUGCGCGCUCUGUAUGAAGUGGUUCACCGCGGACACAUUUGGCAUUGACACGUCAACUUGCCUCUCAUUCAUGACCAACUAUGUGUUCCACUGCAAUGUGUGUCAUCAUAGUGGCAACACCUACUUCCUGAGGAAACAAGCCAAUCUGAAGGAGAUGUGCCUCACUGCUCUGGCCAAUCUCACAUGGCGUUCGCGGACUCAGGACGAACACCCGAAGACCAUGUUCUCCAAAGAUAAGGACAUUAUACCAUUCAUCGACAAAUAUUGGGAAUGCAUGACGACCCGGCAGAGACCUGGGAAACUGACGUGGCCAAACAACAUAGUAAAGACCAUGAGUAAAGAGCGGGAUGUUUUUCUGGUUAAAGAGCAUCCUGACCCAGGGAGCAAAGAUGCUGAAGAGGACUACCCUAAGUUUGGACUCCUUGACCAGGAUCUUGCCAACAUUGGACCAUCGUAUGAUAAUCAAAAACAAACAACUUCUGUUACUACUGGGGGAGGACUGAAUGCUGUGCAUUGUGUUCCAGGUGGAUCAGCCUUCUCAGGUGCACUGGCCCCUGGCGGGACGGGAAAGGGCCGAGGAGCCAAGCGCAAGCAGCAAGACGGGGGCACGACGGGGACCGCCAAAAGAACCCGCAGCGAUCCGCUCUUCUCCGCUCAGCGGCUGCCCCCCCACGGCUACCCGCUGGAGCACCCCUUCAACAAGGACGGGUACCGUUACAUCCUGGCAGAGCCGGACCCCCACGCGCCGGACCCAGAGAAGCUGGAGCUGGACUGCUGGGCGGGGAAGCCCAUCCCUGGGGACCUGUACCGGGCCUGCCUGUACGAGCGGGUGCUGCUCGCCCUGCAUGACAGAGCGCCCCAGCUGAAGAUCUCGGACGAUCGCCUGACGGUGACAGGGGAGAAAGGCUACUCCAUGGUCCGAGCCUCCCACGGAGUGAGAAAGGGGGCCUGGUAUUUCGAGGUGUCCAUCGACGAGAUGCCCCCGGAUACGGCCGCUCGACUGGGCUGGUCUCAACCUCUAGGUAACCUGCAAGCCCCGCUGGGCUAUGACAAAUUCAGCUACUCUUGGCGCAGUAAGAAGGGGACCCGCUUCCACCAGUCCAUAGGGAAGCACUACUCCGAUGGCUACGGGCAAGGAGACAUCUUGGGCUUCUUCAUCGAGCUUCCAGACAACACAGAGACUGCCAAGGCACUGCCUGACACCUACAAAGACAAGGCACUGAUUAAGUUCAAAAGCUACCUGUAUUUUGAAGAGAAGGACUAUGUUGACAAGGCAGAGAAGAGCCUUAAAGCUGUGAGCCCCAGCAGAAUGAUAUUUUAUAAGAACGGUGUGAACCAGGGUGUGGCCUUUGAGAAGCUGUUUGAAGGAAUGUACUUCCCAGCCAUCUCCCUCUACAGAAGCUGCACAGUGUCUGUAAACUUUGGACCACAUUUCAAAUACCCUCCAAAAGAUGUCAAAUACCAACCAAUGAGUGACAUGGGCUGGGGAGCAGUGAUUGAACACACGCUAGCAGACAUGCUGUACCACGUGGAGACCGAGGUGGACGGUCGUCGUAGCCCCCCUUGGGAAGGUUAACCCCCCCCCCCCCACCACCACCACC